GCGCCAUAGCUCCACACCUCCGGAAUGCUCCAUAUCUCCGAGCUAUCUAUACUAACGACGAGCGAUCAUCAUCUCCCUACAACCUUCGCCUUCGCCUUCACGUCGCCAUCCCCAUCCCCAUCACCAUCACCAUCGCCAUCACCAUCGCCUUUGCCAUCGCCUUUGCCAUUGCGUUUUUUGUCGGUCGUUGUGAGUGGCACCGUAACGGUUGCGCUGCUGUAAAAGUCGCACAGGAAAGGCGAGCGAAAAAGGGCAGCAGUGGGUUGACGCCUAUGUCAGAAGGACGGAAAGAGAAUGAAGGAGGGAAAGGGGAUAAAAGAGGAUCAGAAGAGAGAGAAGAAGAGACUGUGAGGAGUUAAGAAAAGAAGAGGAGGAAUAGGAGAGGCAAGAGGAGAAAAAGGGGGGCUCGGAUGUUUUAUUGGGGUCGGUGGUCGUAUUCGGUCUGAGAUUCAUGCUAGUUUGUUGUAGUAGCAUUGGAGUAGACUGGUCGGUCAGCGGGAAGGGGCGUGUUUGGGGGAGAUGCGUCGUCUACAGUAUGAAUGUACCGGAGGAAGGGUUGCUGCGGAUGUCUCAAGAGCAGGACUGGCAGUGAGGGGGUGGAGAAAGCGGCACUGCGUGUGUCAGAAGGUCCCGAAUGCAUCGUUCCUGAGGAGGCGAUGGACUGGCGGGACUGGGAGGGAGCGAGCACAAGGAGAAGGAGGCGGAGGCGGAGGAGGAGGAGGAGGAGGAGGAGGUGGGGGGGAAAGAGCGCGAUUCGUUGUGAUGAGGGCGGCUCGCGGCACUUCCAAGGCGAUCGGCUUGGCGAGCCGAAGCGGUUGGAGGUCCACGGGAUUUGCCACGUGGCGCUUGCAUACGUUGGAUAAGUGUGAUGCAACGCACGUGGUCGCAAAUCUACUAGUAGUACGCGCCCGAUGGAGGUAUAUUGCGCAAUUUAGAAAACACCACCUUGGAGUCGUUAGAUACCACCUUCAAGUCGGGAUCGGUAGCGGUAUCGAUCACUGGCACGCUUGUGCCGCUGGGAGUGCGCGAGGAGGUUCCGUGUCUGGGGUGAGAGGGCAGGCCCCUCAGGCUAUACAUCAAGGCGGGGAUUUACCACGUGGCGAGCCACGUGGAGAGCCACGUGGAGAUCCCGCUCAGCUUCGACCAUGGCUUUCUGACUUUCGAGCUGAGUUGCAUCCGCGGCCGCGAAGUCUUGGUAGCAGUCGUACUAUUAGUACAAGUACCAGCAGAUUCGAUCGGUUGCGCGCACGAGCCAGCCUCCCCGAGGACGAAGUGAGUGGCAGCGGAUCAACAAGAACGUCAACAACAUUGUAUUCAGAACAAGGGGAAGAGGAAGACGACAACAGGUCAGCCGCUGACUUAAUGGUGGAUGGGAUUUCAUUUGGACAGCUCUGUGAUAACUUCGUGUGUAUAAGCAGCCCUGCGGUAGAAGCCACGGCAAGACUGUUAGCUAGAGACAUUGCCAAUCUCAAGGAGGGAUCACGACAGACGGUCGUCUUUGCUGUCUCCGUCAAAUACAAGGACCCAUUGCGCUCGUUUGAAGGGAGGGAAAAGUAUAGGCGAAUGAUUUUUUUCCGCACCGCCUUGGACAACCCAUCAGUGGCACUGGAAGGGAUGGAAAUGCUCUCGACGGGAACCCUGAUGAUUAAAUGGAUAGUGACAGGGGCACCAAGGCUUCCUCCGGCCUCAGUGGUUGGUGGAGAUGUUGUCCUGCGUGUCAAGUCCAUCUUCCAACUCAACCAGAUCACGGGCCAGGUCACAGAUCACGAGGAGGUAUGGGAUUUGACAGGGUCGUCCCCUCUUGCUAUUGCGUAUUUCUACGCUACACGGCUGGCAUUCAGCUCAGUGGAAGCUGGAAAUGAUAUUUCCAAGUCAGCAGCUGCAGCUUGGAAGAACAUCAGCAAGUCACAGGAGCCACAAGACCCUGUAUAUUACAGUGAUCCAAACGACCCCCGAAAGCUCCAUGUGCCGGAAAGGAAGAUGAGCAAGCAGAAGAAGGCAUACAAGGGACAUCAGACAGCUGAUGGUCAUUGCAGAAGCACAGCUGGCAGCGGCUGCUGCAGAGGUACAGCAGGCGGUCAUUGCAGAGCCACAACUGGCGGCGGCUGCUGGAGACGUACAGCUGGAAUGAGGAAAGCAAAAGACAUAAGGCAGACCAGAAACUUCAAGCCGGUCAGUGGUGAGAGCAGAGACAGUCCAUACGAGGUUAUGCUUGCUGCUUUGGGAAGGAACAAGAAGCCGUUUGGCCGGCCGCCUUUUGUACGUAAGUAUUGUAAUUAAUUAUUAAUCCCAUUUGUACUUCUAAGUUCUAACUUUUCAAG